AUGAGGACAACAAGAUCAUCAUUGCAACAUUUGAUCAGGACAAUCAUAAAUCCUGUGAAACAUACACCCACAGAUUCACUCAAAUCGCUAAGUUUUACUCCAAGAUCACUAAUACUAUUGUCAAAUUCAAGAAACAUACAAAAGGCAACUCAAGAUAUUCUUGAACUGUCCAAUGCCAGUCAGGCAUUAUCAAGGGUACUUGAUAUCAUUAAGCUAUCCAAUUCCAAUCAGUCAUUAUCAUUGGUACUUGCUUCUGUGGAUUCUGUGUAUCAAGAUUACACCUCUGAAAUUUGGUUAUCGAAACCAUUGACAUUCCAAGAUGCUUUAACUUUAGAUGAAAAUGGUGAUAAAUUUCAACAACACAAGACUCAAUUAACCUUCGAUUUCCAUAAAGAUCAGAUUAAAUUACCAUUGGUGAGGACAGAUCCUUUUACUGAUUUCCCAUAUACCUUAUGUUUCAAGCUACAAGAUGGUUCAUUUUCACCAAUAUUAUCUGAAUUAUCUAUUUCAUUACCGCUGAUUCCAUCUGAAGUUAAAUCAAAGACAUCUUUGGAAGUCAUACAUCAAGAUUGGUUCAGAAUCACAAGUCAUUUAGAUAAUAUGAUCAAGACUAUAAACGGUAAACCCGCCUCAGAAAUAUUACUAUCUAAACUAAAAGAUGCAAAUUUAGGGAAGACUCAAGAAUCUGUUUUCUUAGAACUCAGAUCAAAAGGUGUAUCAAUAAAUAAAUAUGAAGUGAUUGCAGGAGGUGGUGAAUAUGGCGCUAAGAGUGAAAUGUUGGUAUUGAACUGUGAUAAGCUCCCACAGGCUGAAAAUUUAGAAGGAAGAUUCUUAUGUUCCAUUGGAAAUGUUGAUAAUCAAAACCCCAAAGGACUCAUAAUAGAACAAGUAUCUGAUGAUUCAAGAAUAGUCUUGAAGGAUAAAGAUAUAUUACUUGAUAAUCAUCUAAGAAUCGGUAAUGAAGCUGGGUUUGAGUACAAUGAAGUGAAUUUCAAAGCAAGAGAUGAUCAAGUUGAAUUACAAUUCAAGGAAUGA